GGGCGGUCGAUGUGCUCGGCGCUCGGUGUAGCUGCCUCGGGGCGCUGUCGUUAGCGGAGCUGCUGUGCUGCGGGGAUGGAGCGCGCUGCGGGCUCUCUGCAGGAGCAGGCGCUGCGGAGGAGGGAGCGGCUGAAAGCCCUCAAAGACCGGCAGCUUCAGGGGAGAGAACCGGCGGAUGGAGAGCCGGAGAGUAAGAGAGCGCUGGAGGAGGCGGAGGCUGAGAAGCACAGAGACCUGAAGCUGAGGAACUACACCCCAGAAGAUGAAGAACUGAAGGAAAGGCAGGUGCCCAAAGCUAAACCUGCUUCAGUGGAGGAUAAAGUCAAAGACCAACUGGAGGCUGCAAACCCCGAGCCAGUCAUAGAGGAAGUGGAUCUGGCCAAUCUCGCGCCGAGGAAGCCUGACUGGGAUCUGAAGAGGGAUGUGGCUAAAAAACUGGAGAAGCUGGAGAAGAGAACGCAGAAAGCCAUCGCAGAACUUAUUCGUGAGCGUCUGAAGGGCAGUGAAGAGGAGCUGGCCGGAGCUGUUGGAGCGGUUGCUGUGGAAGAAGGAGAUUCAGACUGAGCCAAUCCACAUGGAUCUCUUCUAAAAGAUCACACUAGCUAAAGUCAGCACAUCAGCUAGAGCGACUUGUCCAGACUCCGCCCACAAAUGUCUUCUUUAUUAGUCACAGAAUGGCAAUAAAGUUUAGUUUAUAUCACAAUACUUACGUUUAGGUUGAUGCAUAACAGAUGCUAUGAAAGAACCCGUUUGUGGGUGGAGCUUGGAGAGCGCCGGCGUUCAGAGCUGCGGAGGUUGGGGGUUCGCUCUGCGAGGGAAAGUCAGGUGCCCAUUGUGAAAUAUGAAAACAUGGUCUUUUUUUAAGAAUGUUUUUUUUGGUUUAUUCUUUUAUGCUUUUCCAUUAAAUGAAAACGUGUUUGUUUAUUUU